CGCGGCAGAGUGACCGAAUCGGACUAGCGGAGCCGGCCGGACCGCCGGAGGCGUUGAAAAAGCGACCCGCCGAGGAGCGCAGCGAGACGGCGUUAUCGUUAUAUAGGACUAGCACACGCUUUCCCCGCUUCGCCAUCCUCACCACCCCCGUGCGCCGCCCUACCACUCGGCACUACCCACUGCACAGUAGCAGCAGUACAGAGCAGAGCAUAGGCGAGAGAGAGCGCGCGCAGGGGGGGAGGAGGAAGAGAGGGGAGGAUGGCGGCUGUGGUGGCGGCGGUGGAGGCGGGGGUGGUGGCGGUGGCCAGCGGUCGGGGCUGCAGCUCCCGCCUGGUGCGGGGCCUCUAUUGGCGCCUGCGCGCGGUGCUGCGGCGGCUGCGGUCGGAGCGGGCCAGGCACGCCCGCGCCCGCUUCAGCUUCCACUACGACGCGCUCAGCUACGCCCUCAACUUCGACGACGGCCGCGCCGCCGCCGCCGACCUCGUCCUCGUCGCCUCCAGCGACGCGCUGCUCCGGUGAUCGAUUCCGCUGGGAACUGGUGGGUCUCAUGCCCCGUCCGGAAGUUAGGACGCGGCUGCUUCUCCUGCGGUUUUGCUUUUUGCUAGAGGAUUGGGAUUGUGUAAUGGAAGAUGGUAGGGUGGUGUGGCCUUGCGUUCUAAACUUCUAGGAGAUGCUGCGCCUUUCGGUGAUUUGAACUGCUCCCGCGAUGCGGUGCGUUCUUCCUAGUACCUUCCAAGUUCAAAGGCCAUGAUUUGCAGGAAGGAACACAUGCGUUUUCGCGGUCUUGGUGAUUCUUUGCUCGAUC